AGGUGACUUGGGUGUAUACAUAUACACAUAUGUUUGCUUCCUUCACUUUUUAAGUUUGGGAAAAGUAUAGACUAUAGCUCAAGCAUCAAUCUCAGCUGUGGGGCUAGGACUCAAAGAGACGGCAAUAGUUACAAUUGAGGCAGCAUAGCAGGAGAUAGCACUUCAUGAAGAGAUGUUGAAAAACAGAAAACUAGAGGCGAGGGGGCUCUGGGAGAGUAAAAAUGAAUUUCUUCUGGCUGUAGCAGGAAACAUAGUGGGUCUGGGCAACGUUUGGAGAUUCCCCUACCUCUGCUACAAGAAUGGAGGAGGGGUGUUUUUGGUGCCCUACAUGGUGUUUGCUGUGACCUGUGGUUUGCCCCUAUUCCUUCUGGAAACUGCUAUGGGACAGUACACACAAGAGGGGGGCAUCACAUGCUGGAAAAAAAUCUGCCCACUGGCUGAGGGUGUUGGCUAUGCAGGCCAGGUAAUUCAACUGUAUGGCUGCAUGUGCUACAUCAUAAUCCUGGCCUGGGCACUGCUCUAUUUGAUCUUAUCCUUCAAAUCUCAGCUUCCCUGGGCCAGCUGUGACAACAUCUGGAACACAAACAGCUGUAUUGCUGUUACAAAUAAUUCCUACUGGACAAAACAGGUCAACUCAACAUCAGCAGCCACUGAGUUUUGGGAGCGAAGAGUGCUUACUAUCUCUAAAGGUAUUGACGAAGUAGGCAACAUCAACUGGGAGAUUCUCCUGUGUCUAAUCGCAAUGUGGAUCGUAUGCUAUUUCUCUGUAUGGAAAGGCGUCAAGUCCACUGGGAAGGUGGUGUAUUUCACAGCAACGUUCCCCUAUGUGAUGCUGCUAGUGUUGCUGAUUCGUGGAUUGACUCUGCCUGGAGCCAUGCAGGGUGUUAUUUUCUACCUUUAUCCUGACUUCCAUCAACUGUUGGAGCCUCAGGUAUGGAUGGAGGCAGCCAGUCAAAUUAGCUACUCUUAUAGUAUAAGUGUGGGAAUAUUGACUGUGCUAGGCAGCUACAACCAAUACAGCAACAACUGCUACAGGGACUGCUUUUGGCUGUGUCUGCUCAACAGUGGCACCAGUUUUGUAGCAGGCUUUGCAGUGUUCUCAGUUCUUGGCUUCAUGGCUCAUGUGCAAGGUGUUCCUAUAGAGGAUGUGGCAGAGUCAGGUCCUGGCCUAGCUUUCAUAGCGUAUCCUCAGGCAGCGGCUUUAAUGCCUCUGCCUCACCUGUGGGCUGUGUGCUUCUUCAUUAUGAUUAUUCUACUUGGUCUGGACACACAGUUUCUCGCGAUGGAGGUGAUCAUUACGUCAGUGACGGACGUGUUUCCAAAAGUACUACGUAGAACUGGAUGCCGAGAAAUCUUCCUGCUUCUUUUCUGUAUUGUCUGUUUCUUCAGCCAAUUGAUCAUGGUCACAGAGGGCGGCAUGUACGUGUUUCAGCUGUUUGACUACUAUGCCUGCAAUGGAGCCUGCAUCUUCUUCCUUUCUGUGUUUCAGUCCCUGGCAGUGGGCUGGGCCUUUGGGGCUGAACAAAUGUGUGACAUCAUUGAAGACAUGACCGGGUCAUACCCUAACGUCAUCUUUAGGUUGUGCUGGAAAUACAUUACCCCAUUUUUUAUGAUGGUAUCUUUCAUAUAUUCUCUGGUGGAGUACCAGCCUCUGACAUAUAACCGCUGGUAUGUGUACCCAGCCUGGGCAUAUGGGCUGGGCUGGCUGAUGGUUCUCUCCUCCAUCCUGCUGGUUCCUGCAUGUGCAUUGUGCCGCUUAUUGAUAGCAAAAGGGAACCUCAGACAGCGCUGGUGUCAACUGUGCAGUCCUGAGAGCAACUUACCUUUGCCCCAGAAGCAGAGAGGUGAAAGACAGUCAAUGAUGUCAGCUGUUUGACAAAGCAAACACUGAGGAACGUAAACUAUACAAUACUGAACAAAUACCAUCAUUGUCUUCUCAUAUACAACUGGAGAAAUGGCAUUAGCUAAUUCUAUAGAUAGAAGACAAAUAAUACUCUAAAUUACCAGGGCUCAACCUGCUGGCCCAAAUUUACUCUUUGUACAUUAUGAAUGUUUACUACUAUGUGAAACAAUAUCUGAAUUUCUUUAUGAGAAGAAGAAAAAAAAAACACUACUGUGACCUGUGACUUAAUACAUCAAAACAAAAACCAAAUAAGUUAACCCAUUUUGUGCCAAAAUUAUUCUUUGAGAUUGAAUUUAUUUGAAUGCCUGCCAACUGAAUUAGCUGGUAAGAACACAUUGCAAUUUCACAAGUGCCUUAAUCACAAUAGUCAGGACAAAAUGAUGUGCUGAUGAAACAAUGACUUUGCUGUGACCUUGACCCUGUUAGCGUCAAUUCCAAAAUCUAACCAGUUCAUCUGCUGAUUGCAAUAAUAAUUCAAUAUAAAUCCUACAAACAUUCAA